AUGUAUGUGCAAGUAUUUACUAUUUUCUUGUCUUUGAUGCUGUCAGUGACAGCUCAAAGAUGUUCAAAGGAAAAUGCUUUGGAAGUUGUGCAUAGACCAGUCUAUGAAUUCUCAGUGAGGUUAUUGGACAAAAUAUCAUUCGAGGCUAAGGGUCAUUUUGUGUAUUCUCCUCUUUACACUUGGUUGCAAUUGUCUGCUUUAGCAGAAGGUGCAAGAAAUAGCACUUUAAAACAAAUAUUGUCAACAGCUAGGUUAACUAGACACAGAAGAAUCCCUUGUUACAGAAAGAAAUUUCGUGAAAUUGUCAACGACGUUAAUAACAAUUUAGACAUUGAUUCUGAACGAUCCAGUGUUAUAAUUGUCGACGAGUUCUAUAAAGUCAAGAAAGGCUUCAAAAGGUCUGUUGAAAUGUUGGAAAAUACCAAAGUAUUAUCAUUAAAUUUUGAUAAAAUGGAAGAAUCAGCCGCGGAAGCUAAUGAAGUUAUCAAAUUUAACACAAACGGAGUUAUGAACGAUGUCGUGUAUCCAAAUGACUUUGUUAACAGAGUUCUUAUAAUGUCAGAUGCUGCUUAUUUAAAGAGCGCAUGGAAACAUCCCUUUAACAUUGCUUUGACUGAAAUUAAACCAUUUUACACUGAAAAUAACGUUAUAAAUGGUUAUGUCAAUAUGAUGCAUCAAUAUGGAGCAUUUAAUGUAACACAGAUACCAAUUAUAAAUGCUAAAGUUUUGGAACUACCUUGUAAAGGCGAUAUAUCUUUACUUAUAUUUUUGCCUCUGAGAGAGUCCAUUUUGGACUUGUUCUAUUUACUAAAACAUGUAAGUUUGAAAGGCAUUUUCAAUAGUUUUAAACUAAAACCCGCAAAUAUAAGCGUGCCGAGAUUUGAAAUUGACACAGAAGUAUCGAAUAUCCGAGAGCUACUUAUUGAUUUGGGAGUGGAAAGAGCGUUCUAUCCCGAGAAAGCACAGUUAAAUGGCAUAAGUGAUUUUAAAAUCCAUGUAUCUUUGAUGACGCAAUUAGCCAAGAUAGAAGUUACAGAACAUUAUGUACAGGCAAGUAUAGAAACGGAGUUUCUGUUCGAUCCUGCUAAGGUAGUGGAUUUCCAAGUUAACAGACCAUUUGCGUAUAUGCUCGUAGAUAGAAAGAGUUACAUAAUUUUGUUUGCCGGUAUGUAUUCUCGACCAUCAAAACAAUAAUCAGCGAUUCCUUUAUGAUCUAUAAGAUUUUGAGAAUCAUCAGUUUAAAAAAAAUUAAGUUAUGUAAUUAUUAAACAUUAUCUAUUCGACUCCGUGGUUAUUAUUUGUUAAAAUCUGAUAUACGGAACCCUAAUAGUGAUGUUUAUUUAUAAAUAAGUACAGUCAUGUACAGUUAUAACAUUACAAACAUACGAACGUUCAUAACGUCAGCAGAGACAUUAAUUAUUUAAUAUUGCGACUUGGCAGUAGUCCAAAUUCAGCAACUAAUAAAUGUAAUUACAUACAUACAAUAACGUCACUGUAAAUAGCAAACUGUUGAACUGAAAAGAUUUUAGAUCUAAAACGAUUUCAUAGUUGGGUGGACUCCUGAAA